AUGUCGUCGGCAACGGAUAAUGAGUUCCCCAGCUACCUCAAGGCAUCCUUUCCGAACCGAUUCACCAUUCCCAUAUUCAACCUCGGCGCACAUGCUCAUGAUUUGCGCUUCACGGUUACCAUGGAUACGUUCUGUCAGGAGAGCCCACUUAUGGUUCUAUAUGAUGGUUCUACCGACAAUGGUAGCGUCCUAGCAACAGUCGAUAUGCCGAAAGACAAUCAGGGCACAUACAGCACCACAGUCAAGGUUGACGAUACUGCCAUUAUCAUGGCUAACCACAAGGAUGAUCUUCGUCACCUGUAUAGAUUCUCUUUACAACUAGAUUCACGCCGCGAGAGGUUUGAGUGGAGACCCACUCAAGGAAACGAGGUGUGUAAUAUGUUCAGGCACGCCAAGGGAUUCAAGUUGGUACGACUUAAAAGCUAUGGUCCCGGGAAUGGAAAGGGCGGCAAAAGAGACUACCGACAUAUGGAUGAGACUAGCGAUGGGAAAGAGGUCGUCGCUGUUUGGGCUACUGAAAAGAACUGGAUGCCGUUGAACUUGAUACCAACUAACAAACCAUUCAAAUUUGAGUUACGUGCAAGUGGCAAGUCUGGGGAAUUGGGUAGCCAAUUUGGCUACUUCGCCAUAGCUACCGCAUUAAAGGUCUGGUCUUACGAGGCUCAAGGUAUAUCCGGCUUUCAUAUUCAUGUGUAG